GAUAUUUAUCCUGGUUCCAUUUUUUCCCCUUCAUACUUGAUCAUCUUUUCCAAUGGGAAUUUUUGUUACACAAGAAGAUGAAUCGAAGUCAGAGUUGGUAAGAAGAAUAUGUUCAGCGUUAACAUCAUCGACAGUAUCACCGUUUAGGCAUAUUGCAUGUAUUCAUCAUAAUCACUACCAGAAUAUCAGAUCAUCUUUCAUUGAUUGGUAUUUUCUACUUAGAGUUGAAGAAAAUGCAGGAAUAGAUAAGAUUCGAAAGCAAUAUCGUAAACUUGCUUUGCAACUUCAUCCUGAUAAAAACCAUCAUCCAAACGCUGAACUUGCAUUCAAACUUGUCUCUGAGGCCUAUAUAUGUCUCACUGAUAAGGCGAAAAGAACAACAUUUGAUUUCGAGAGAAAUAAAAGAAGUAAAUGUGAAGAAUGCGAUAAAGCACGUCGACCACGUAGUAGCGGCUAUUUACAUAAAGAUGCAGUAAAGGAAAAUACUAAAUGUUCAAGAGAAGUACUGAAAGAGACAUUUAUACGAGAAAGUAUAGUAAUUCAGAAUUGUUUGAGAACUCAUAAAGCAACAUCAAAGUUGGGAGAAGAUUGCCCGGUGUUUGAUCCGGCGAAUUAUACGUUUCAAGAUUACCCUCAUCGCAGAACUCAGCUUAGUCACAGGUACUCCGUAGACUAUAAUUUGUAUCCGAGAAAAGAAAAUGCUCCAAUGUUUAAUCAAACAAUAAGAGGAAUAAAAUGCGAGUCUCCCGUAUUUAAUUGGUUCCGUAGGAGAUCUGCUGGAACCACAUUGCUUGUUUAAGUUCCAAUUGGUGGUUGUUGUU